UUCUACACGAACACGGACAAAAUUAAGGGCAGUGACGUCGUGAUCAUAACAUAUCAACAAGGAUGACAUUACAUAGCGAAACUACUACCGAUAGCUCGAUUUGGUUAUAUUUUCCUGUUUAACAAUAGCUGAGCAAAACUAACAUUUAACGACGUCGCUGUGAGCUAAUUCAAACAUGAUGGAGCUAUGCUAACAGAAACUUAAACUUAAUGAAACCACGAACUGUCUUCACGGUCACAUUUUGAACUUUAUGACAAGACAAAACAACAACCAGACCGUCAUUUUCUAGUGAUAAUAUUCUUGUUUUGACCGUAAAAAUACAGAAAAAAAGCCAUUUAUUUUUUCAUUUUUGCCAAAAGUUGGUGUCGUAGGACUAGCUCGAGUGCUACAAACAAAGACGACACCGAGUUGGGUUCCGCUGUGACAACUUAGAGGAAAGACUACAUUUAAGUGUAAUAUAAAAAUGUUGAGUUUCCUUGGACUUGGACGUAAAGACUCAAAGAAGUCACCAACCGAGAAGGAAGCAGAUGGAGGCUUUGUUAUUGUUGGAGAGACUGUAGAAGAGCAGAGGCAGAAGAUGCAGUCCAUGAACAUCGCUCAUCCGUCAACAAACGUCAUAGUGCAGCCAUCAAAGUCAUCAUAUAAGGCUCCGGCUCCACCCACACCCUUCAGACCUCCUACUGCAUCAUCUACCACCGGCCCCACAGUAGGACCCCCAGCCGCAGACGGGGCUCCGGCUCUCCCAGAUCUCCUCGGUGAUGUCCCCUUCACUCUGGCUCCUCAUGUCCUGGCCAUGCAGGCAGGGUUUCCUAUGAUUCCAGAUGUGCUGCUGUCCCGGGACAUCAACUACAACCUGGCCAGUUUUCAGUACGACUUCACUUUAGAGAACUCAGUGCUUCAUAACAUGUAGUCUGUUUAAAUUAGUAAAUGAGGACUGUCAUCACUGUAAGGGGUUGAGGAUUGACAAUGAAAUUAUUUCCAGCUUAAAACAAACAGAGUGAACUUCUGGGAUACUUAUGUUGGUUUUGUAUUGCUUUGACAUAUCUGGGCCACCAGUGUGUGUGAAGUUUGUGUGCAGUUGUCAAAGCACACUGCAGAUACAGAGUAGUAACAUCUAUGAUACGGAUGCUGGCUUAUUACAACAAGGUCUUGUUUACAAAUUCAGUUGGAAAUGAUAAAAUUCUAUUUUUACUUUUGUUACUGGAUAGAAGUCAGAUGGGGUGAGUAGCAGGAGGUGUCGGAAAUCUGUUUAAAGUGUAAAACUGCAUUUGAAUGCUACCAAAACAGUUUGGUUUAAAAUUAUAGAUGCAUCAAUCUGGAAAUCCUGAACCAGUGUUGAAAUACCAAUAUUCUUUGUUGGUUUACUUCAUUUUCUUUGGCUAACUACUUGCUUAAAUGACCUUCCUUUACUGCCUGUACUUAACAUCACAGAAGUAUCUACAUCAACACGCAACGUGAUAUUUGAGGCAGUCUACUCGGUAGCAUACUGAUUUUGACUUAGAACUGUUGAAACAGAACUAAAGUGCAGCUGUAUUUGUGUGGUCACAUCAUCAGACAAUUUAGCGCAGAUAAAUAUCGACCACUGCCUUUGGUGAAAAUAAUCAUAUUUACCAACAGGCUGAUGGCAUCUUUCUUUUUUUCUGUCAAAUAAAUUAAAACCUGUUUGAUUAACCCAGUGUUUCAUGUUGGUUUGGUUCAGAUUAUGUGUACAACAAAUGAACAUUUUUAUUUUCACCUAAAAUCAGCCUUAUUUUCCGAUAUAAAUUUUGCAGCUGCUUAGUGCAUUAAAGAUGAGAAAACUACUACAUGUACUGUACGUAUCAAAAUCUGAUUUCGAUACAGGUCCAGACCUGAUCUGUGCAGGAUUCUACAGGAGGUUCAUGUUUCCUAAGCCAUUGAAAACUUGAUAAGAACAGUCUUUAUAAGAAAGAAAAUAUGGUUAAAAUUUACAAAGAUACAACCUAGGUUUUAAUGAUAUUGAAUUAUCCUGUGUUGGAAGACUAUUGGUUUAUAGCAGACCUGUGACUGUUGCUUUUAAAAUGAUGUCAGGUGACUAUUUUUGGUCACCUACAUAGGAAUAAUAUUUACUUUCACAAAAAGUUGCUUUGGAAAAAGUGCUUUCCUCCUGUUCAGUUCAGUUAAAACGUUCAAUCAGAGCAUUCAUUAAAACCUUAAAAGUGCCACUUCUACAUCUGCUGUUUAUUUAUGGCAGAACUGCUCUAUAUGAAGAUGGUAACAAAUGAAGACUUUCUUACAACAACUCUAAUAUUAAUUUAAUUUAAAGUCCAAUCACACAUUGUACUUUACAUGUGUCAAAAUAUUUCUCAGCCUUGAUAAAAUUCUUAUUUCCUAACAGUGAUUACAAUGCUGUAAUGCAGCUUCCCUGUGGAUACAGUAUCUGCACCUGCAUGCAUUUGUUUGCUGUAUUAUUUACUCUGUGCGUGUUUUACAUCAGUCCUGUUAGCAUGAGGUUUUCAUUUCAUGUAAGAAUGUAGUUAAGUUUGCAUAGACGUUAUGCACUUUUUACUGUAACUGCACUGAGCCACAACUGCUUCUAUUUUACCAACUUAACACCUGAAGGGUUGAGCUGUAAAAUUGAUCUGAACAACAAUAGUCACACCACACUUCUCCACGCUAUAAGUUUCUAUUUUUAGCAGAAAUGUUGGUGUAAUUUGCAAAAUAUUUUCUUUUUUUUUUCAUUACAUUUAUUCCAUUCCCCUCAGUUUUCUCACAUUACAUAUAUUUCCUGGUAUGAUUUUAAUGUGAAAGAUCAGCUAACUGGAAGACAAUUGGAAGUGACUAGAAAUGAAGGACAGUGAGACUAAUGUUUCUAAUGGAAAGACAAUCUCAGCAGCAGAGUAGCGUGGUGAGUUUGUCAUGUUUGUUUUAAUGAAUCUAAUGCUGUUACACUCAUUAGCUUAAUAAGCGAGCUUUAGCAAUACAAGGAAUUUUCCCUCUACGGUGAUGUUGUAGCUUUUCCUUAUUAUUAUGAUUACUAUAAUAGUAGCUUUCACAUAAGCAAUGCCACUUCUUAAAUAAACCAUGCUUCAACCUCUUUUACAUGACCGCUGGUGAAAAUGUAGGGGAUUAGAUGGAUUUUACUAUUAUUUAUUAUUCUGUGGUUCUUAUCAUUAGAAUUUUUUACAUGAGUGGUGUGUGUAUCUGCAUUCAUCUUAUGUUUUACACCAAACCUUAAAGAUUUGGCUGCUUUGAUUCCCAACUGAGUAUUUUGUAAGAAUAUCAUGGGGUCAUAAAUAUGGUCAGAAAUGCUGUUUACUUUGUGUACAUGAUCCACUUCUUCUUUCAACCUGCUGUGCCUUAAAUAUACAUACAUAUUUUUAAACAUUUUUGUAAAAAUUGUACUUAAAAAAAUCUAAAUCUGUUCAUUCGCCUGCUCUUUUUGUAAUCUCAACUGAUGCUGAUACUGUAUUCUACAGUGAAUAACAAUUAACUUGCAAACUGUACCAUAGUAAAAGCUUAAAAAUGGUAUAAACAUGGAUCAUAAGCAGAUCACAUUGUGUAUGACUGAAAAAGGUGAAGGUGUAUUUUGUUUCAAGUCCAAUAAAGAUCUUUUAAAAACACCA